AUGGCAAAAGAGUCUUCUGCUGAUGAGAAUUCUGAGGAUGAUACAGAUGAUGGUGAUACGUCUGAUGAUGCUGGCUCUGACGAUGAUUCCCCUGAUGAUAAAGACUCUGAUGAUGGCAAGUCCAAUAACAGACCUGAUGUAGAAUCUGGAGAUGAUACCUCUAAGGAUAACCCUGAUGAAAAACUAUCUCAUAAAAAAUCAGAGAAAGACAUAGCACGUGCGAAGGACAGAGGAUGGAUGAUUCAUCCUAAUAACGACAUGCUUGAGUAUGCAACUAAGUUUACGAUGAAUGGCAAGUACAUUGUCAGGCUAUCUGGAAAGAAUACAUACGUUGGCCUGUUUACGCUUGAUGCUCUGCGCGGUGUCGGUGAUGUUCCAGAGUUGGAUAUCUUGGAACGCUCCAUGCUUAGCAAGAUGAAACUUCAACCAUUGUCUGAUGAAGAGAGAAAGACGCUUUUCAACGAGGAGAUCGAAGUAGAAGAAGAAGUACCAGUAGAAGGACCAACAGAUAAAUCCAAGGUGAUAUGGAAAAAACUUAACAAGUACUUGGAAUAUUCCGAGAAUGUACUUGUAAAUGGAAUGCACAUUCUCAAGAUGCGCAAAAAAGACACUGUAAUCGGCUUGAUGACUGAUGACCAUAUUGCUGCAGAGAAUGUAGAGUGUCAUUCUCUUAGCCAGAAGGAAAAAGAGAAGUUGUUUGCUAUGGGAUUUAAACCGCAUGAGCAUAAGCAAAGCUUGCCACAGAAAGAUGAGAGCACAUGUGAGGAUGAUAAAGAUGCUGAGGGCGAUAAAGAUGCUGAGGGCGAUAAAGAUGCUGAGGAUGACAAAGAUGCGGUGGGUGAUAAAGAUGCUGAAGAUGACAAAGAUGCUGAGGGUGAUAACGAUGCUGAGGAUGACAAAGAUGCUGAGGGUGAUAACGAUGCUGAAGAUGAUAAAGAUGCUGAGGAUGAUAAAGAUGCUGAGGAUGUUAUGUGGAAAAGGAUCCAAUAUGAGAUGAUCAUGUCCAAGGCUUUCUCAGCUAAAGUAGAUGAUGUUACAAAGUAG